GGCUGAGACUGUCGACUCCGCCGUUCUUCUUUCGACGGAGCGAAAAGAGGAGCGGACAAGACAGCCAUGACGAGGCUCUGGUUCCGGGCACCAGCUGUCCAAGCCCACUUGACGUCAUUUCUUGGCGUCAUGGACCUCAAGCUGGGAGUGACUCUGAUCACACUUUUUGCAUUGUUCAACAAAGUGGCAGGCGUCUACGGCAUCUUGAGCCUCUUUCAAGGAGGCUCAUUUGCCCAGGUCAGCAUGUAUCUCUACUCAAUAGCGACUAUUGGUCUUUUUCUCUGGGCGAUGCCUGGAAUAUCGGACGAGGAUCCGAUACGCACGCUGAGAUACGCGCAUCUGUUCAUGGCCGACCACCUGCUCUCCUCUGCCUGGACGCUCCUCUUUGGCCUGUGGUGGUUCCUCUAUGUUCCUCACAACGGCGACCGGCCCGUCCUGGCACCCCAUCAAGCGGGUCUAAUGGACCUGAUCGAGAGUAUCGAAAAGAGCUACGAGGCUCCCGGAAAACAGCUGCAUCACGAACCUCUGGCCGGCCAAGAGCGCGUGGAAGCCGCUCAACGUGUCUGGCGUGAAGAGCGUGGCUUCAGCUUUGCCGUCCUAGCCUCGGGCUGGCUCUUGAAGGUCUACUUUGCCCUUGUCAUCUACUCGUACGCGUUGCAUCUCCGCCACGGUACUUAUCGCAAGCUGCCCCUUUCCAAGCCCACCGGGUCUUCGGCCAAUGGGUCUCAGUACCGGCCCUUGCGUAGUUCCAGCUUCGACGUGGCCAGAGACGACGAAGAGGAGCUUCCGGCUUGGAGCGACGAUGAAGAGGAUCGUUUGUCGGGGGCUAAGAAAAUCAGGAGAGGAGCGCGGACCGAUGAGGCUGCAGCCAAAGAGGCAGAAACAUCAGCCACAGCGGGCGACCAGCUGGCCAGACCACCCUCUAGCUUGGAAAGGAGAGGUAGUGCGCUCAAUGAGGCGUCGCCGAGCAGCAGUAAUAAUAAUAGCAGCAUGGUGUAAUAAGAAAGCCUAUCAAGUUGCAU